GCUGCGUGGCGGCUCGGUACAUGGACGUCAAGGGGAAAAAAGGGCCGGUGGGAAUGCCCAAAGAGGCAACCUGCGACCGUUUCAUGUGCAUCCAGCAAGGCUCAGAGUGCGACAUCUGGGACGGGCAACCCGUCUGCAAGUGCAAGGACAGGUGUGAGAAGGAGCCGAGCUUCACCUGUGCCUCCGACGGGCUCACCUACUACAACAAGUGCUACAUGGAUGCAGAAGCUUGCAUCAAAGGCAUUACCCUGAACGUAGUCACCUGUAGGUACCAUCUUACCUGGCCGAACACCAGCCCUAUCCCACCAGAAACAACAGCUCGCCCUACUACUGCCUAUUCCGAGACAACGGUCAUCGAUAUCUUGCCGCCUGCUCUAGUGAACAACCCCGUCCAUCAGUCCGUCUACGUGGGAGAGACUGUCAGCUUCCUCUGUGACGUUACAGGGAGACCCAAGCCAGAAAUCACGUGGGAGAAGCAGGUCGACGGGAAAGACAAAGUCAUUAUGAAGCCAAAUCACGUCAGAGGGAAUGUCGUGGUCACCAACAUCGCCCAACUGGUCAUCUACAACACCCAGCUCCAAGACGCAGGCAUCUAUACCUGCACUGCCAAAAACAGCGGUGGCCUUCUCAGGGCUGAUUUCCCUUUGUCAGUCAUCAAAGGAGAACCCACAUCCAAAGAAGCUUCCCAAAACAAAACACAUUUUCCAACCGAUGAGUGCCUGAAGCAACCGGACAGCGAAGACUGUGGGGAAGAGCAGACCAGGUGGUACUAUGACGCAAAGAAAAACAACUGCUUUACUUUCAUCUAUGGGAACUGUAACAGCAACCUCAACCACUUUGAGACCUACGAGAACUGUAUGUUAACGUGCAUGAACGGCCCAAUCAACGUUUGCAAUCUGCCAGCCCUCCAAGGUCACUGCAAGGCCUACGAGCCCCGAUGGGCCUAUAACAGCUUGACAAAGCAGUGCCAGUCCUUCAUUUAUGGCGGGUGUGGAGGCAACGAGAACAACUUUGAGAGCCGGGAGGCCUGCGAAGAGAUGUGCCCUUUCCCGAAGAACACGCACUGCAAAGCUUGCAAGCCACGCCAGAAGCUGGUGACAAGCUUCUGCAAAAGCGACUUUGUUAUCCUGGGCCGUAUAACAGAGCUGACCGAAGACCAAGACUCGGGACAUGCCCUGGUGACAGUGGAGGAGAUCCUCAAAGAUGAAAAAAUGGGAUUAAAAUUCCUGGGGAAGGAACCACUAGAAAUCACGCUUUUGAACAUGGACUGGAGCUGCCCAUGUCCCAACAUGACCACAGUGGAUGGCCAGCUCAUCAUCAUGGGAGAUGUCCACAACGGCAUGGCUGUCCUACAGCCAGACAGCUUUGUGGGGACCUCCAGCAUCCGGCGCGUGAGGAAACUCCGCGAAGUCAUCCACAAGAAAACCUGUGAGCUUUUGAAAGAGUUCCUAGGAUUGCAUUAACCUCCUUCACACGUGUCAGCCGUCCAGACCCGUGUGUUAUGUAGGGCUAACAAGCGCUAGGCUAGUGCACAAACUAAACGAGCUGUUUGAAGAUACACCGUAGGAAUUAUGCAGAACCCUUAUUUUAAUCCAUUAAUGAUGCUUAGCAACAAUGUAGUAUGGUCUUUGGCAAGCACGUAAAACAGCAGCAAAAGGCUAUUAAUCUUGCAUUGAAAUCAAUUCGUCCAUAUAGGAGUGCCAUUUAACUAGAUGACUCACUGCAGCAAUUAUACAAUUUUUAUGUAGCUUCCAUCAUAAAUGACGGAAUUCAUAGCAUUUGUUUAGCUAAUUGGUACACAGCUAAGUAAUACGUAAUGCCAACCUAAUCUGUCUCAUUCACAGUAUGGAAAUGUUAUGGUAAGUCAUUAUAAGUAAGGCACACUCGUCUCCUCAUAGCAGCACUAAUAUUUCGAGAGAAAAGCCUGUAAAUUAUUGUCUCUAUUUACACUUGUGCACAUUUAACCAGUCUAUGCCUUAUGAAUGUGCUUCUGUUAAUUGAAAUUUUCCUAGCAGUUUUCUUUGGAUUGUACCUCGGUUUUAAAUGGCAACUACUACCUACUUGCAAUCCUUACUUGAGGAAAAAAAAACUCCCUUGAUCCUAUGCCCAGGACAACCGGUCCCUGCAACAGCCCAAGGCACAGUCUCACCCCGAAGUGACUUUUCUGUCAUCGGAACAAGGUCAGCAAACACCCUCGUUCCAUUGCGCUUUCCUAUUUUUGUUCUAAUCUAUUGUCUAUCACAAAAAGUCCAAGGCAGGACGACAGCGGUGUGCUGCCAGCUCUCUUGCUUUUGAAAGUCCUUUACACCUGAGCAUACGCAGCCAUUUAUUGCUUAUUUUUCAUUAGAAAUACCGGUUUUAUAGGUGGAGAGUAAAGUAAGAGGAGUCAGAACAAAAUUCAAACUAGAAAGUGCGAUACACAGCCUGCGGACUAUAUGACACAGACACAAAGCUGCUGAAACCAAAACGCACAGACACAGACACACAGGGUGGACACUCUUUAAAGGCGUUUCUCGGUUUGACCAUUUUAGAGCAUUCUUUGAAACCACGGAAAACAUUUUCCACCAGGCCACUGUAAAUACCCGUAUGAAUAAUUACCCUAAGAAAGACAGCAUGGGCUGUGGGUGUGAGCGCGCGCAUACACAUAGGAUCGAUCAUUUUAACAUUUGUGUGUCCAAAACUGUAACAUUUGCCUAUGCAAAAAUUAUUAAAUAAAGAAAAGGCUGAU